UAAUUAACUUUGCGAUAAACCAAUACGACCUCCAUUCCGCGUUAUCCUAAGUGUAAAAUUGUUUAUGCUAUAAACAAUCAUGUUGAAAUAGUACUAAACACAAUACAAAACUGUACAUUUGCAAUUAUUUUGUGUAUGAAAAUGUGCAGUGCAACACUAAUCCAAGUAAUUCGUUUAUUCCUUGCCAUCCAAAUAGUGCACAGCUUCAGUUUUUAUCAAAGUAAUAUCACAAAACGCGAAGUCGAGGAAUGUCCAAGUAACACUUUCGCGUGCAAAUCCGGCGAAUGCAUCGACGAGGACAUGCAAUGCGACGGCGGCGUCGACUGCAAAGACGCCAGUGACGAAAGCAACGCCUGUGCCAGGAUCAACUGUCCAAUUUUUGCGUUUCGUUGCGACUACGGUGCGUGCAUUUUUCCAAACCUGGAGUGCGACGGGAAACCCGACUGUCGAGACGGCUCCGACGAAAAGACCCCCAAAUGCCAAAUCAUCGACGAAACGUCCCCAAUCUGCAGGAGCAACGAAUUUCGAUGCAGUUCUGGCGAAUGCAUCGACGAGGAUAACAAAUGCGACGGAAUUGCACAGUGUUCGGACCGGUCGGACGAAAUCAGAGCCACUUGUUGGAACCUGCGGUGUCCGAGUUACAGCUUCAAGUGCAAAUAUGGGGCUUGUGUUAGCGGAAACGCGGAAUGUAACGGCAAGAUUGAGUGCCCGGAUGGGUCCGAUGAGGACCCCAAUAUCUGCAAAAACAGCACAGUGGUGGUAACCCCGACCCCGCCACCCGUGGUAACCCGACCUGGAGCGAGGGGUCGGUGCGUUUUGCCGAACCAUCCCGAGUUCGGAAAAUGGAAGAUUUUCGGGCCGGACAACUUGUCCCCUGGGGCCACGGUGAAUCCAGGGACGAUUUUAAAUAUAGUCUGCCAAAAUGGCUACAAACUGGAAGGGAAUUCGGUGAUUUAUUGCGCGAAUGGGCAAUGGACCGAGAAUAUUGGAGUUUGUCUAAAAUUGUGUUCACCUUUGUCAAGUACCAAAGUCAUGACGGUCACUUGCACUUAUCCCAAUAAUAAAGGGGAAGGGAACUGUACCAAUGCAAUUGAUGGUACUCUUGCAAGGUUCAAGUGUGAACCACUCUACGAAGAUCCAAACUUGCAGAGAAUUCCAGGACGGGUUUGUCGCGAUGGUACCUGGGACAACAGCUCACCUGAGUGUGUACCAGUUUGUGGGCAGAAAUCGGUCGAGGUGCAGAAACUGAUCGUCAACGGCAAGACAGCGAAACGAGGAACGUACCCGUGGCAAGCGGCUUUGUACACCCGCGACAAGAAGGAGUUAAUUUGUGGCGGAUCUUUGAUAAAACUGAAUAUGAUUAUCACAGCUGCGCAUUGUGUGACCGAUCAACAGGACCGAGCGCAGCCUCUUCCCAAAGAAAACUACAUCGUUGCGUUGGGGAAAUACUACAGGAAAUUUGAUGAUCCACGCGAUUCCAAAGAAGCGCAAUUUUCGGAGCUGAAAAAAAUAAUUGUCAAUGAGAAAUACGGCGGUCCGAUACAAAAUUUCGGUUCGGAUAUCGCUCUCCUAAUCACUAGCACUGUUUUUGUGCCGUCACUAAGAGUACAACCUGUUUGCAUGGACUGGAAUCUUGAAUGCAAAAUAGGGGAAGACCAAGUUUACGGUUAUGUGACUGGUUGGGGGUAUACAGUUGAGGGCUCCAACCCGUCCGAGGAGCUGAAGGAGCUGAAAGUUCCCCUUAUUCCUGAAUCCAAGUGUCAGAAAGACUUACCACUUGAUUACAUUAGGUACUACACUUACGAUAAGUUGUGUGCCGGCUACCUCAACUCAAAUACUUCUGUUUGUCGGGGCGACAGUGGUGGAGGUUUAGUCGUAAAACGCAAUGGUGACCGAUUUUACCUCACUGGAAUUGUAAGUCUUUCCCCGACUUCACCACGGGAUAUCGACGGCUGUGAUAGUCAACAGUACGGACUUUAUACGAAAGUUGCAUGUCAUACGCAGGACUUUAUUUUGAAAAAAGUGACAGAGUAUGGAAUAAACGCGCGCUAAAGUGAAGCGGUAAUUUUUUAUAAUAAUAAAAUUGUAAAUAUAUUUCCCGGAGAUUAUUUUUAAUAUAUUUUAAACCUUGUUUAGUCUAAUUCGAAGAAUAAAUUGUUGUAUUCA